UUGUGGUUGACAAAAGCUUUACGACGGAAGAAAAACAAGUGUUAGAGUUGUACAAAAAAAUUAUUUUUGAAUCUGGUAUUCUCGAAUAUGUUACGAUUGUUAGAAAUAAAUUUGAAAAUUUUAGAAAUAAAAACGAGUGUGAAAAGGAUAUAAAAAAUGUGUUUGAAGAAAAUGAAAUAAUCAUUAAAAUAGUUAAGUCGUGUAAUAACAUCAUCCACAUAGAUAAUCCUCCGACAUAUAUUUAUGAUGAUAGUGGUUAUAAAAUUGCUGUUAAUAGAAAUGCAAGGGAAGAAAGAUGUAUGUCGGGAAAAAUAUUACAAAUUAGUAAAAUGGGAUGAUUUACAUAGUAAGAUUAAUUCUACUGAAUCAAAUAAGAAUUUCGCUGCUAAAUUGGAAAAAGCUGAUAUCACUAUCUCUACCGGUAUUAAAACAAACAAUAGAGCUCAACAAUGGUUUAACGAAACAUAUUCGAAAAAGGAAAAUAUAGAUAUUUCUGAAAGCAAAAAUUUAAAGCUUAAAGGUUUUUUGGAAAUAAAAGACUUUACAAAGUUAAAAAGUAUUAUUUUGAAGAAUUUUGAAUUAAACAAAUUGGAAAUUAGUGGUUGUUCUCAACUUGAUAAGAUUGACUUAUCAGAGCUCACCAAACUCACGAGUUUAUCUUUAACUGACUGUCAAAAACUGACCGGACUCGAUUGUUCGUCAACUAAGUUAUCUAGUUUGAAAAUAAUUAAUUGUCCUCAACUUAAUAAGAUUAUUGACAGGUCUAAGACUAAGACUAAGUCUUUAUAUGCGAGAGGUUAUUCAAAUCUAUCCACGCUUGAUUGUUUAGAAACUGGCUUUACUAUUUUGGAAAUAAAUGGUUGUUCUCAACUUAAUGAGGUUGAUUUGUCAAAACUUCCUAAAAUUACGAGUUUAUCUGUAAUUGACUGUUCAAAUCUAUCUAAUCUUGAUUGUUCAUCAACUGAGUUAACUAGUUUGAAAAUAAGUGGCUGUUAUCGGCUUGAAAAAUUUGGUUGUUCAAAACUUCCUAAACUUACGAGUUUAUCUGUAAUUGACUGCCUAAAAUUGACCAAGCUUGAUUGUUCUAAUAGUGAAAUAACUGAUCUGGAAGUUAGUGAUCUUACUGAGCUCAAUUGUUCAAAUACUUCAAUUAAAGAAUUAAGUCUUAAUCUUUGUCCGUAUAUUACCAAACUUGAUUGCUCUAAUAACAAAAACCUAAAAAAUCUAGAUAUAAGCAACUGUUUAAAAUUAGAAUCUAUUAAUUGUUCUAAUAGUAAAUUAACUGGUCUUGACAUAAGUUAUUGCCCCGAACUUGAAGAAAAGAAAAUUCCUGGCGUGGCUAUUACUCGAAAAAAAGAAAAUGUUAAGAAUAUAUUAAUAGUUGGUCGCGCCGGUGGUGGUAAAUCCACAUUAGCCAAUGUACUAACUAACACUGAUGAAUUCAAAGAAAGCGCGUACGCGGUUAGUGAGACUAAAAUUUUCAGGAAAAAAGAAUUUAAAUGGAAUGAGAUAAAUUUUCGCGUAGUUGAUACUAUUGGAGCUGGUGACACUAAGCUAAGUUUAAAGGAUAUUUUGUACAAAAUAGUAGAUGGAAUUUAUGCAAUGCCAGAAGGCAUAAGUCAAAUGCUAUAUGUAGUUGAUGGAAGGAUUACAGGAGAAGAAAUAAGUACGUUUAAUAUGUUCGAAGAUUCCAUUUUACAAGAUAAAAUUAAUAUUUUUGGUUAUGUUACUCUUGUGAGAACUAAAUUUGACAACUUUAAAAGAACGGAAGAAUGUAAAAGAGAUAAAGAAAAAUUGCUUGAGGGGGACGAAAAUAUUGCUAAAAUAGUUAGAAAAUGCAAUGAUGUCAUUCAUGUAGACAAUCCUCCGAUAAAUAGUGAUUUUUAUGAUGAUGAUGAUGAUGUUGCCCAAAUUAUUAAAAUGAAUAAGAAUAACAGACAAAAGUCAAGACAAAAACUACUAGAAUAUCUGGAAGGAGUAGAUCCGGUAAAGAAAAAUAAGUACUUCAAAUUAAAAACGUGGGAUAAAUUACGUGAAAAUAUUAGCGAAUAUGUAAAAAAUAAUGAAGAUGCACUAAAAAGGUUGGAAAAUGAGCCAGAACUUGAGGCAUUUUAUAAUGCUUCUAAAGGAUGUUUAAUUAUGUAGUAGACAAAAUUUCAACGAGUGUAUAAAAAUUAUUAUCUUUUAAUAUUCUGAAAAAAUUAUAAUUGCAAAUACUGUAAUACAGUUACGAUGAAAAAAUUUUUUUUCUCUUUGUACUAAAAUCACUUAAAUAAAGUUAAUAAAAAAAAUCAAGG